AAGCCAGGAGCCAGCCAGUUCUUCCGGGAUAGACCAUGGUAUUAUAAACGUGAGGUACGGUCAUUUGGUUGUUUUGUGGAACUACUGCAGAAUGAAGGAAAGAAGGAGGGAGGUGGCAGUGAUGGGCAGAAGUGCUCCUGUCGGACAGAAUUGGCCCCUGGAGUCUCGCUGAUUGUACAGCAAGGCGACUUGACACGGUUUCCUGUUGAAGUGGUGGUGAAUGCCGCAAAUGAGGACCUCCGUCUCAGUGGGGGCCUGGCUGCUGCUCUUUCAAAGGCAGCGGGACCUGAGCUCCAAGCAGACUGUGACCGGAUAGUCAAGAAAAAGGGUAAGAUUGCAAUUGGCCAUGCCACCAUCUCGAAAGCAGGAAAGCUCCCAUACCAGCAGGUGAUCCACGCAGUAGGACCCAAGUGGAACAGCAGUGAUGUUCUGGGGUGUGUGUUACAGUUAAAGAAUGCCGUG